AUGGCGGCGGCUCAGUGGCAGAUGGGGGUGCGGCGGGCCUUGGCGCUCUGGAUGAUGCAGUGGCUGCUGCCGCUGUUACUGGCAGCGACGGCGACCGCAGUGCCAGCAGAGCAGCAGGUGCCGCUGGUGCUGUGGUCCAGUGACCGGGACCUGUGGGCUCCUGCGGCCGACACUCACGAGGGUCACAUCACCAGCGACAUGCAGCUUUCCACCUACUUGGACCCCGCCUUGGAGCUGGGCCCCAGGAACGUGCUGCUGUUCUUGCAGGACAAGUUGAGCAUUGAGGAUUUCACUGCGUAUGGAGGAGUGUUUGGCAACAAGCAGGACAGCGCCUUUUCAAACCUGGAGAAUGCCUUGACCCUGGCCCCCUCCUCGCUGGUGCUCCCUGCUGUAGACUGGUAUGCUGUCAGCACCCUCACCACCUAUCUACAGGAGAAGCUCGGGGCCAGCCCCCUGCACGUGGACCUGGCUACAUUGCGGGAGCUGAAGCUAAAUGCCAGCCUCCCCGCCUUGCUGCUCUUCCGACUACCCUACACAGCCAGCGCUGGCCUGAUGGCACCCAGGGAAGUCCUCACAGGCAAUGACGAGGUCAUCGGGCAGGUGCUGAGCACCCUCCAGUCUGAGGACGUGCCAUACACUGCAGCCCUCACAGCAGUGCGCCCUUCCAGAGUGAUCCGGGAUGCUGCCAUGGUUUCUGGAGGGCUAGGUCGGCAGCUGCUAGCAAAAGCAUCACAAGUGGAUGUGCCUCACCCCCCUGUGAGCUACAAUGACACAGCCCCCCGGAUCCUGUUCUGGGCCCAGAAUUUCUCUGUGGCUUACAAAGACCAGUGGGUGGACCUGACCCCCCUCACCUUUGGGGUCCAGGAGCUCAACCUGACUGGCUCAUUCUGGAACAGCUCUGUUGCCGGACUCUCAUUGACCUAUGAGCAACUGUUUGGUGCCAGAGUGACAUUCAAGUUCAUCUUGACUAACCGCUUCUACCCAGUGUCUGCCCGCCACUGGUUUACUCUGGAGCAACUUGAGAUCCACAGCAAUGGCUCUAUCGACUACUUCAACGCUUCCCAGGUCACCGGGCCUAGCAUCUACUCCUUCCACUGCCAGUAUGUCAGCAGCCUCAGGAAGAAUGGCAAUCUCCUCGUACCCCACGCCAAAUCCUCCCUCUGGCACUUGACGCUCCAGGACUUCCAGAUUCAGGCCUUCAAUGUGACGGGCGAGCGUUUCUCCUACGCCAGCGACUGUGCGGGGUUCUUCUCUCCAGGCAUCUGGAUGGGGCUGCUCACCUCCUUGUCCAUGCUCUUCAUCUUCACCUACGGCCUGCACAUGAUCCUCAGCCUCAAGACCAUGGACCGCUUUGAUGACCACAAGGGCCCCGCCAUCUCCCUAACGCAGAUAGUGUGACCACCUGCGCUGGAGG